AUAGAACUAGCCUUGACCUUUGACGAAGUAGUGCAUGUGGUGUAAGAUUUGAGCAAGACGUAAAAAUUCAUUUAAUUCUUUGUUGGGGAGGUGAACCAAAAUAAAAUAUAUAAAAAAAUGGUUAAGAAUAGGUCAAAAGAAUGGGAUGGCCUUUCUCGUGAUGAGCUAAUGAUUAUGACAAUAUCCGAGAUUGUUGGCGAGUUAAUAGAUGCUUACAAUAAUAAUAAAGAUAUAAAUCUUAACAAGUUAAAGACAAGAAUUUCUGGGAAAUAUGGACUUAGUUCUUCACCCAGAUUGGUUGAUAUAAUUGCUGCCGUACCAUACCAAUAUAAAAAAGUUCUCACUCCAAAAUUAAAGGCGAAACCUAUAAGGACUGCUAGUGGUAUUGCUGUUGUCGCGGUUAUGUGCAAGCCUCAUCGAUGCCCUCAUAUAGCUAUGACAGGAAAUAUUUGCGUAUAUUGUCCUGGAGGGCCGGAUUCAGACUUUGAAUAUUCCACUCAAUCUUAUACUGGCUAUGAGCCAACAUCAAUGAGAGCUAUAAGAGCCAGAUACGAUCCAUUUUUGCAAACAAGGCACAGAGUUGAACAGCUAAAACAAUUGGGUCAUUCUGUUGAUAAAGUGGAAUUUAUAGUCAUGGGAGGAACGUUUAUGGCUCUGAAUGAGGAUUAUCGAGACUAUUUUAUAAGAAAUUUACAUGAUGCAUUAAGUGGCCAUUCAAGUAGUAGUGUAGAAGAAGCUGUCAGAUAUUCUGAAAAAUCUAAAACCAAAUGUAUUGGUAUUACUAUCGAAACUAGACCGGAUUAUUGUUUAAAACGUCAUUUGUCUGACAUGCUAAAAUACGGAUGCACAAGAUUGGAAAUAGGUGUUCAAAGUGUUUACGAAGAUGUUGCAAGAGACACAAAUAGAGGACACACAGUUAGAGCGGUCAGUGAAUCUUUUCAUAUGUCAAAGGAUGCUGGUUUUAAAGUUGUUUCUCAUAUGAUGCCAGAUUUACCCAAUGUUGAUAUCGAAAGAGAUAUCGAACAAUUUAUUGAAUUUUUUGAAAAUCCAGCAUUCAGACCGGAUGGAUUAAAGUUAUAUCCAACGUUAGUCAUCAGAGGAACGGGGCUAUACGAACUAUGGAAAACAGGAAGGUACAAGAGCUAUCCAGCUGAUGUUCUUGUUGAUUUGGUAGCUCAUAUUCUAGCAUUAGUUCCUCCCUGGACUAGAGUUUAUCGUGUACAAAGAGAUAUUCCAAUGCCUCUUGUUACAUCCGGUGUUAAACAUGGAAAUCUUAGAGAAUUAGCUUUGGAAAGAAUGAAAGACCUUGGUACUACUUGUCGAGAUGUACGAACUCGAGAAGUAGGAAUACAAGAACUUCAUCAUAAAGUUAAACCAUACGAAGUCGAAUUAAUUAGAAGGGAUUAUUUUGCUAAUGGAGGUUGGGAAACUUUUCUCUCCUAUGAAGAUCCUGAACAGGAUAUACUUGUUGGUCUCUUAAGACUGAGAAAAUGCUCAAAAGAGAGCUAUCGUUCAGAGUUGCUUGGUAGAUGCUCUAUUGUGAGAGAACUUCAUGUGUACGGAAGUGUUGUUCCAGUUUCAGCUAGAGAUCCUACAAAAUUUCAGCAUCAGGGUUUUGGUAUGCUUCUUAUGGAAGAAGCUGAGAGGAUAGCUAAAGAGGAGCACGGAUCUGAGAAAAUUUCCGUCAUCUCAGGUGUUGGAACUAGAAAUUACUACAGAAAGAUUGGGUACAGCUUGGAUGGUCCAUAUAUGAGUAAAUCUCUCAUUUGA